AUGUCGCAGUUCUCGCAGCCUGCUGGUCUUGGAGGGCAGUCGGAGUUAGGCCAGUUUAGUCUUGGGAGCGAUGAAAAGGGCAGGAAGAAGGUCACCUCAAGGAAGAAGAAGAAGGUGGAUGCGAAAACUGAUAGGACCAAAUGGACAGACGAGGAAGAUGAGUUGUUGGUGUCGGCGUGGCUUAACGUGAGCCAAGAUCCGGUUGUGGGCACAGAUCAGUCAAGGGAGACAUAUUGGGGCCGUAUCGCGAAGUACUUCAACACUUACAAAAAAGAAAGCAUGAUGCUGAGGACCGAGAAAGCGCUCAUAAAUCAUAUGAAGCUCAUCACGGAUGCCGUCACAAAAUUUACGGUGCAUUACAGGAAGGUGGAGCAGCUGAACCCGAGUGGCACAAAUGAACGUGACAAGAUGGCUCGAGCGUGCUCCGCAUAUAAAGCAAUCGAGGGCAAACCAUUCGCGUACACACAUUGUUGGGUGCUACUGGCCGAGCACCCAAAGUAG